UGGCCACGAUUAAUUUAUCCUGCUUCUUUGAGGUCAGCCAAUACUUGCAAUGUUGAAUUGCCCUCAAAAUUUCUGUGGAAUAAUGAGAUUAUUUGAAAAUAAGUGUAGCUUCUUCGGUGGAAGGGCAGGUAGUGGCUGUGUUGGACUAUGGAACAACUAGUCCCUGAGCCUUUCUGUAAAGUUCCAAGAAGGCGGUGUGAAACUCGGAUGGCUUGGGCCAUCCUUGAAGAGAUGUGAGGACAGGUUUUCCCUUGAGUCUGUGGAGAGGGCUGAGCUGACGUGCUGACUCUGUCCUCAUGCACACAGUGUGUUUGCCAGUUGGUGGAUGCUCUGGCUCUCAGCCGCUGCGGAGGUGCAAACUUGCAAUCCCAGCUGGAAAAUAUUAUAGGCGUGCUGUUCGUGCAGGUGAGUGCUGUGGGGCUCGAAGCAUCCUGGGCUUGCUCUUUGUCUCUUCUUUGGAGAUGAUAGCUACCCCAGUCCAGGCCACAACGUCCACGCAGCCCGGGGACAUGUACAUGGUGACCUUAACCAUACAUCUGUCAGGCUUCCCUGGAACAGGUCAAGCCUGGAUUCUGGGCAUUGAGUGGGAUAUUCUCCACGAGGAAAACUGGACACGUUCUGUAUGUUUCUUGGGGGGACAGGUCUUUGUUGCUUCCCCUAAACUCUGAAGGUUCAAAUGGCAGAAGGUUCAAACCACUCCAUCAUGCCUGUAGGAAAUGUCAGGCCUUCUGUGCUGCUAGAGUGGGAAGAGGACAAUUGAACAUUUUGCAAAAUGUGUUACCUUCCAUAUAUUUAAUUUGUUGGCCACUGUCUUCUUCCCUUUGGGGCUGGGAAUGUGGAUUCCUGGGUUCUAUUUUCCUGUUCUCUUUAUGGCCCAGCACCACACUUUUCAUGGCUGCAUGCCUCAGUUUCCCCAUCUACACCCAGGGCCCCUGGUUCCAGUCCUCCCAGGUCUGAUGGCCUUGCUUUCCCCACAGCUGAGUGAAAAUGUCAACAACUCAGAUCCUUACUCCAUACAGAACCACAGCCCCGCCCUGAGGACUUUCUACUUCCUGACCAAGUUAUACAGUGAUCAGGUGGUAUUCCUAAUACGAAAGACCAUGGAAUCCAACGAUCCAAUCAAGAUAGUACCAGCCCUUCAAGUCUUCAUGGAUGUGUUCCAGGAUGUGUCCCAGACAGAGAAUCUGAAGAGUGAGGUGAUGCACUCAGUCGUUGCCGUGAUUCAGGAGGAUCUCAAACCAAUGUUAUCGCUGAAGCCCUACAGAGAGAAGCAGGUUGGUGUAAGCUCCCUAAAGCUUCUCUACGCCCUGCAACCGAUCACCUCCCUGCACCCUGUUAUCAACUCUGACAUGGGCCAGCUGUGGAAGAAGAUGAUCCCUCAGAUGUUGAACAUACUAGCUGGUCACACUAAGGAGGACCUUAAUCAGAAGGAGUGGGAAGACAGGCUGCUCCAGUUUUCAAGUCGGUCACUAGUAGCCAUCAAUGAUGACAACUGGCUAGAGCAACUCAUGGAAGUCAUCUUGGAGAGGAUAAACGAUUUCAGCAAUGACGACGAGGAGAAGGCUUUCCUAUAUAAAUUCUUCGGCUGCACCCUGCUGACCUCGAGGGAUGUGAAACUGGUCAAGAAGAUGCUCUCCUCCGCCCACAAACUGCCCACGAGGAGCUGCAGGAGAGGGAGGUGAGGUGGAGGGCACUGGCAAAGAGGGACCAUUUUUAGUUUAAGAGGCAGGAUGGCAAGGUGGCUAAAAGCUGGGGCCUGACAAGCCGGACCACCUGGAUGGGAACCCCAGCUCUGCCACUUACUAGCUGUGUGCCCUUGGGCAAGUUGCUGAACCUCUGUGUGCCUCAGAGUUUCCUAUUCUGUAAGAUGAGGCUAUGGUACCUUCCUCACAGGACAUUUUCUAAAAAGUUUUUUAGUCUGAAAUAACCCCACACAAAGAAAAGUUGCAAAAAAUUCCCAAAGAAUUUCUGUAUACUCUCCUUCCAGAUUCCCAAAAUCUUAACAUUUUCCCAUGUUUACUUUAUCAUUCUCUCUCUCUCUCUCUCUCAUUCUCUCUUUCUCUCUCUCUCUAUAAAAUUUAUUUAUUAUUAUUUUAUUUUCUGAAUCAUUUCAUGAAGUUGCAGUCAUGAUGCUCAUUUUACCCUAAAUGGUGCAGUGUGUAUUACCGAAAAAUAAAGACAUUCUCUUACAUAACCACAGUACAAUGAUUAAAAUCCGGAAAUUAACAUUGCUACAAUGCUAUUUUCUAAUUUAUAGACCUGA